AUGACUAAACUCACAUUACUUGAUCUACCUGAUGAAGUGAUUAACAAAAUAUUUCAAUAUCUUUCACAUCGUUCAAUAAUUGAACUUCAAAUUAUCCCUGAAUUAGAACCAUACGUGUUAAAAUUAUUAUAUCAAAAUGUUCAAGUUAUAGGGAUUGAACAUCAUAAUCAAUAUGAUUUAAUAAUUGAUUUUCCAUUUGGUCAUGAAUUUAAAAUAUAUCACCCUCCACAAAUUAUACCUUAUAAUCGAUUAAUUUCCAUGAUUAAGAAUAAUACUGCAAAAUAUAUUCAAAAUAUCACAUUUUAUGAUCCUAUUUUGUUUAAUAAAAUUUGUCAAUCGUAUCCAGAUACUUUAAAAAAUGUUAAUAUUACUAUUGAUUUGAGUAACAUGAAAUUCAACGAGAAAGUAGAAAUUUUACCAAUAUUGUUUUUGAUGUUUGAAAAAUGUCAUUAUAAACUAGUGGGAAUAGACAUAUCUGAUACUGAAAACAAGAUUCAAUUACAAAAGCAAUCAUUUAUUACUAGAGAAAGCUACGAUGACAUUAUAAAUUAUGAAAAUCCAAAGUAUGAGGAAUUUUAUCAAUUUGGAAUUAUAGAUAGAAUGAGAAUACAUUCCAAGUUUCCAACCAAGGGAGUAAAUGAAUUGGUUGAACAUUUCGAAUGUAUCAUGAAAGAUGAUUCAAAUAGAGAUCUAUCAAAUUUUCAUUUUCCACAAGGAUUAAAAUCAUUAAAUAUUGAGUUUGGUUAUGAUUGGGAUUUUGAAGUACAUGAUCAUAUUGAUUUAUCAAAAUUGAAUCAUCUUGAAACAGUCGACUGUGAUAAUAAUUGCGCCUUGAUAUUACCAAAAAAUUUGAAACAAUUGAGAGUUACAGAUGAAAUAUCUUUCUCUGAACUUUUAACUCAAUGUUCUUCAUUGGUAUCAUUAAAAUGUAAUGAUGCAACAUUGUACAAGAAGAACUAUUCUAGUGACGAUGAAGAUUACGAUGAAGAUGACGAUAAUCAUGACGACAAUAACCACAAUGAUGGUAACGACAAUGAUGAGACUUUUAGUAGAUUACCCGAUGGAUUAAAAGAAUUAGAAUUCGGAGAAGAAAUCUUACACUCUUUAUUGUGGAGGGAUGAUGAAGCAAAUGGUUACAUUUUAAAAUUACCACAAUCAUUGGAAAGGUUGGUAAUACACAGUGAUUCAUAUCCUCGUGAAUAUACACGUGGUUGUUUAUUCUCUGACUCGCCACGAAACGUAUUGGACAAUUUAUUGGAAUUAAAGUUACCCACCUAUGAAACUUUUAUGAAUCUGGGACCGUUACCUAGAAAUUUAAGAAAACUAACAAUGAGUGGUGAUAUCUUGGAUUUCGAUUAUAUUAGGCAAUUUAGUUAUUUAUCGGAUCUUUGUAUUUCAUUCCUGACUUGUGGUUCUUUUGAUUGUGAAUUACCAGAUAGUCUUUUGACUUUGACAAUAAGUGGUGCCAAGUUAAGAAAAAUCAAUAUUCGUGCUAAAAAUCUUCAAUAUUUAGACGUUGAAGGAAAUGGAAUUACAGAAUUAAAUGAUGAUAUAUUUAGGAUCCCUAAUACUGUUAAAGAAUUCAAGCUCAGUGGUCGCAAUAUCAAAUGGAUUACACCGUCUUUCAUUUUCCCAUCUGAUUUACGACAAUUGGCAAUACAGGGAACCAGUCUCCGGACAUUGCCAAAAUUACCAUUGACAAUAAAGAGAUUAUUCUGUUCAUACAAUUUGCUUGGUAAAUCACCCAAACCUUUUUAUUUCCCACCCGAUUUAGAAAUAUUGGAUUUGCAUGCUAAUGAAUUCACUGAUGAUUUUGAUUUUUCAAUUUUAAAUUUAUCAAGGUGUAAACAAUUGAAGAAAUUGGAUUUAUCUUAUUCUGAAGGUCGCGAUUGUCGAAUUGAUGAUUGUAAUUAUACAAUUAAAUUAUCAGAUUUUCCUAAAUCUUUAACUUCUUUAAGUAUUAAAGGAUGGCUGGCAAAUGAAGUAGUGGGAGAUUUUACUUAUUUUCCAAAUCUUGAAGAAAUUGAUUUACGUUAUAAUAUUGCCAUGACUGAUAUAUUUCAUAUGAAACAAGGUCAUAUAAAAUAUGAUUAUUUGCCGGAUACUAUCAAAAGAAUAUGGAUUUCAAAGUUAUUUUUCGAUAAUAAACAAUGUGAUAGGUUUAUUCAAAUGGUUAAAAAUAAACCUAAUUUUGAAUUCUUAGUGUCGGAUGAGUUUAUAGUUGUUGACGGUCAUAAAGAAAGGGUACCAAUUCCAUAUUAUUGA